CCCCGUGUCGUAUGAGUAACAUUACAUCCUUUGAGUGGAAACUUUUGUUGCGUAUACGCACCUGCACAAUUCUAAUAAAUUCGCUCAGCUGGAAUUUACAUAAAUAAAGCAAUGCGAUGUUCUAUUAGCUGGAAUAUUACAAAUGAGUAACAGUGAACGGCUUUACAAACAUAUGCAUAUAUGUAUGUACGUAUGUAUAUACAAUAUGUACUUCCUUUUGAGAGGUUAACUGUAAGCUUUGUUGUUGUGCUUUGCGGUUUUAGUUACAGUGAACAAAAUCACGUCUAUUAAGCACAAAAACAAAGCGUAAGUUGCAAUUGUAACUAAAGCUGCGACCAAUAACAAAGAAGCGUGUGAACCCUGCGAGAGCCGUGAGCAAGAGCUGUGAGCGAAUGACAACAGCCAAUGACUCAGUGACCGCUACGCUGACUAGUCCAACUUGGUAAGGAGAUAUGACAUAGAAUCGAAUUUGUUAGCGGAACUUACCCCCUUGGCAUACAUUUACAAACACACUUAUGGUCAUACCAGCGACUGAGAGUGAAUGAGUAGUAGUGUUACUUUUGUGCUGGACGAGCAUUUGGGACUCGCGCAUGUGUGUAGGUGUGUGCGUAUCUAUGUGUGUGUUGAGUGAGCAUUGAGCGUCUAACAGAACUUUGAAUAAAAAGCUACUUUGCGCUUGAUUUUUCAAAAUCCACAAAAUUGCAGAGAAAAGAAUAAAAACAACAUUAAGAAUGGUAAAUGACGGACCAACAUGGAGAAUAUUAGCAUCACAGACUCAGUCUCAGACUCGGUUUUGAGAGCGAAACAUAUCUUGUAGUCUAGGAAUAAAACUAAACUCAAUAGCUCCGAUUAACUAAGUCAUAAGCAACAACAAAAACAAGUCAAAGUAAAUGUAAUUGAGACCGAUACUGACACUGAGCAGCAAAUCAGUUACCGAAUUGGCAACGAUUCAAAUGCAGAGCAAUAACAUAAAGCGUCGACAACUACAACUACAAACAAACAAACGGUAAUUGAAGCAAAUAACAAUAACAAAAAAGCAAAAUCACAUACGAAUACACAUACACAUGCAAAGUAAUGUAUAUAUGUAAAUAUAUGUGCACCAUAAUAUUCGCGCGGCCAGCAGCUACAGAGCAGAAGGCAACAACAAAAAUAAGAAGCUAAAAAAGAACUUUCCGAUUUUCAUAAUAAAAAGGUUUCCACUAAAUGACGAGCCGUUUAGUCGGCUAUCGAUGCUGAGGAAAGUGAAACGCGACACGCCAAACACCAAACGUCAAACACUAUAAACGCGCCGCAAAGCUUGUGUAUAAAGUGAAAAACCCCACAAAACAAAAAAAUAUACGUAAGCAGAAAGUGUACGUGCGCGUAACGAAACUAGCGUAAAUAAAGCUAAGUGUCAACUUGAAACGCCUCAAGAUAAAACAAAUAAAUAGCAAGCAUUUAUUUAAAAUCUGUAAAUGCGUUUCGUCUAUCCACAAAGUGCGACUAAACGAAUUUUAAAGUAACGUUACAGUUUUUUUUUAUAAUUUCGAACUUAAGCAAAUAUUGAAAGAAAAAAACGCAUUUCUUAGUAAUCAAACAAAAUUGCGAAUUACAGUUUGUGCUACACUUUAACAGUAUUUUAGAAGUUAAUAUAACAGUCUUAGCAUUUGAAGCUGCCAAAUUUUCCAAAUAAUAAUUUAAUAUUUCUCACGGAAUAAAAUAAUAAGUAAAAUAAUAUCGAAAUGAAGCAGUUAAGUGAAACAGUAGGCCAACAGCAACAAAACGGCAUCGCCACUAUAAGUCAACAAGAGCAACAACAACAACAGCAGCAGCAGCAAUCAACUGCGUUACAGCGCCAUUUUGCAGAGGAUUUGGCAAGUAACGGCGAACAGAAACAGCAGCAAACGCCGCAACAGCUGAUGCAUUCGCUGCCGAAUAAGAAUAGUAUGCAGCUGGCAUUAACGGUAAAUGGCAGUAACGGCAGCAGUAGUGGUACAUACAGCAGCGGCAGCAGCAGCUUUCUGGCACAGAACGGCAAGAAUGGCAGUGAAAAUGGCCAUGAACAUUGCACAUUCCAUCACGAUCUCGAGCUGGAUCACAAACCACCUACACGUGAGGCACUACUACCCGAGUUGUCGCGUUCAUAUCGUCUAUUGCUGAGCGGACUUGGUGAGAAUCCCGAACGACAGGGCUUGCUGAAGACACCCGAACGCGCCGCAAAGGCUAUGCUAUUCUUUACAAAGGGUUACGAUCAAAAUUUGGAAGACGUUCUCAAUGGCGCUGUCUUCGAUGAGGAUCAUGAUGAAAUGGUAGUAGUAAAGGAUAUAGAAAUGUUUUCCAUGUGUGAGCAUCACAUGGUGCCAUUCUAUGGAAAGGUUUCUAUUGGUUAUUUGCCUUGCAAUAAGAUUUUGGGACUCAGCAAAUUGGCAAGAAUUGUUGAGAUCUUUUCACGUCGUCUACAAGUGCAAGAACGUUUGACGAAGCAAAUCGCCGUUGCUGUCACACAGGCUGUGCAACCAGCUGGUGUUGCUGUCAUCAUUGAGGGAGUUCACAUGUGCAUGGUGAUGCGUGGCGUGCAGAAGAUCAAUAGCAAAACUGUCACCUCGACAAUGUUGGGCGUCUUCCGUGAUGAUCCUAAGACCAGAGAGGAGUUUUUAAAUCUUGUGACCAGCAAAUAAACGCACCUUUGAAAUUUAAUGAAAAUGUUAAAAAUUAUACCAGUGAAUGCAUAUAGAAGGAAAUUUUUUAAUGAAUGCUGCUUAUAUUUACAUAUACAUACAACAUUUUAAAACGUAUACACAUACUUAGAUUUAAGUUGCAGUUUGCAAAUAAAGAUAUAUGUUUCAAUAUAAAUAUACACAUAUACAUACUUAAAUGGAAAAUAUAAAGAAAACUACAACACAGUAAAAAAAAAACAGCCAGAGAGAGAAUUGAUUGUACUUAAGCGAGGAACACCAUAACCAUUCAAAGUGUGUAUGAGUAAAUAUUUUCUGAUAAAAUACAAAAAUAUUGAAAAUAUAAUUUAAUAUCUAAAACAUACGUACAUAGGGAAUUUAAAAAGUAAAAUUAUGAAAUAUUUAAUGAAAGUAAAUGAAAAGGUAGAAAGAAACAAAUCAAAAUUAGCAUAAUCAAUAUAAUAGCAAAAUUAUUUUCAUUAAAUAAUACCUAAAAAGCAACGAAACUUAGCCAAUAUACAAAUUAUAUAUGUACGAGUAUGUACAUAAUUUUUUUUUUUUUAAUUAAAAACUAAACUUUUGGCAAUUCGCGCUAAAAAUAAAAUAUUUGAACACUGUGUAGCUUAUAUUAAAGGUCGAUUUAAAGGUUUUUCGCACGCAAAAAGCCUUUGAAAAGCUAAUUUAAUUAUAAAUAAAUAUUAACAACACAGCGGUUUGGAGAGAAACAGGGAACAGUUUUUUCUAUGAAGUUUUAAGAAAAAUCGACUUGCCAUUAAUGAUUUUCAGCUCUUGUUAAGCAAACGAAAAAGGCUUGUAUAAAUAAUAACAAAACAACAACAAUAAAUGCAAUUGAUAUUUUCCAAAACUUUUUCCUAAAAAAAAACAAUAACAUUACUAUUAAUACUAACUUUGCUAUACAUAUAUAAUGAAAACGAAGCUUGAGGCGUAUUGUUCAAAGAAUUAUUAUAAUAUCCUUGGCUGCUGCAAAUCGUUUAGGGAAUUUACACAAUCAAACGAGUUUACAAAUACAAAUCGGAUAUUAUAUUUACAAAACAAUAUAGUACAUACUUAUUAAAAAUGAAACAAAUAUGUAUUUAUAACAAUGCAUUACAUAUAUUUUUGAAGUAAAAAUGCAAAAAACCUUGGCUUUCUUAACAUUUAAACGCCAUGCAUAGAAAAAAUGGUGCGAAAUAAAAUUGUUAACAAUAUUACGCUAAUGCAAACGUACAUACAUACAUACAUGCAUCCAUACUUAGAGACAUUCGUAUACUGUAUUUGUUGUUGUUCAUUGUUGUCAUUAUAAGUAUAAAAAAUUUAUAUAAGCAUACAGAUAUACUAUACUAUGUUAAUUCCACAAGAUAUAAAAAGUAAAAUAUAAAUAAAUUGUUAUAGAAGCAAA